AUGGCUGAAGCUCCUCCAUGGCCCAGCCGGUUUUUCUGUCAUAGAUGCUCUGCAGAGAUCAGUCCUCGACUUCCCGAUUAUACAUGUCCUCGAUGUGACUCAGGUUUUAUUGAGGAGUUGCUGGAAGAGAGGAGUGCUGACAAUGGCUCCAUGUCUACCAUCUCCAGCGGGCCCCAGAAUCAGCAGUCGUUGGAGAACCCGGAGCAGCAUUUGUUUACAUUCUCUUCUGGUAAUGGCCAGUUUUCCCUGGGUGUCUUUGGCAAUAGUUUUGACUUGGGAGCCGGUCUGGGAACAGAAGACAACAGAGAUGCUGAAAAUCGCAGAGAAAGGGAAACAGCCGCACGGCACAGAUAUGGUGCUCGGCAACAGAGACGACGGCAAAGUUCUAUGCGACCACCAGGGUGGCAGGAGGACGUUCCCACAUUAGAGGGAAUUAUUCAGCAGUUAGUCAAUGGUAUAAUUGCACCAACUGCUGUGCCAAAUUUAGGUGUGGGACCAUGGGGUGUUCUGCAUUCAAAUCCUAUGGAUUAUGCCUGGGGAGCUAAUGGUUUGGAUGCAAUUAUAACACAGUUAUUGAACCAAUUUGAAAACACAGGGCCGCCACCAGCAGAUAGAGAUAAAAUAAAAAGUCUCCCUACAAUUCAAAUCACUGAUGAGCAUGUUGCCUCGGGAUUAGAAUGUCCAGUUUGUAAAGAAGAUUACAGUGUGGGAGAAACCGUGAGGCAGCUUCCAUGCAAUCACAUGUUCCACAACGACUGCAUAGUACCCUGGCUGGAGCAGCAUGAUACCUGCCCGGUGUGCAGGAAAAGCUUAAGCCUGUGCGUGAGCAGAGCAGCUGGUAGUCAGAGGACAGACCCGAGGCCGAAGCGUUCGGACACAUCAACCCAGGACCGAGAGAGAACCGAGCGGAACACUGCUGUCCACGCUGUGUUUCCGUGCCUAUUUCACCGACUGAUGAAAUCGGUAGCCAUGAAGUUCCUGUUGGCGCUCUGUGCCGUGCUGUUAGCCUCCUGGAGCGCCAGUGCUUCUACGGGGCCGGAGAUAAUCAGUGAUCCCACAGAGGUGGUGAACCAGACGUCCGCUGUGCUGAGCUGUAACCUGACCGGUACGGCGAAGCCCAUCAAAGGCUCGCACUGGACUCUGGAUGGGAAAGUGAUUGAAGAGUCAAAGUCCACCAGCGAGAGCCCCUACACAAGUCUCCGUUUGGACAAGAUCACAAACCACAAUGGAGGAAAGUAUGAGUGCGUCUUUGAGAUGGAGCAGCCUGUUCAGAAGACUAUUGAAGUCAAAACUUUGCCUCACGUGUCUGCCUACAAGCACUCGGAACAUGGGAAUGAGAACGACAAAGCGGUGCUGACCUGUGUUAGCCACAGCUACCCUCUGCCCACCACCUGGACCUGGUUCAAAGAGCAGGACGGCACCCAAGAGCCUAUUGCUAACGGCACCAGUGACAAAUAUGAGAUCAAGAGCACCCCAGAGAAGAGCCUGCUGACCAUCAACAGCCUGAACAUGGAGACUGACGUUGGCGAUUACAUCUGCGCCGGCUCCAACGACAUUGGCAUAAGCCUGGACCGCAUUCACCUGCGCGUGCGCAGCCGCCUGGCCGCACUCUGGCCUUUCCUGGGCAUUGUGGCCGAGGUCAUCAUCCUGGUGACCAUCAUCUUCAUCUACGAGAAGAGGAGAAAGCCCGAUGAGAUCACUGACGAUGAUGACUCAGGCGCUGCUCCUCUGAAGAGCAACUCUAAUGCAAACCACAAGGACAAAGGCAAACACGGUGGGGGUAACAUUAACCUGAUGGAAGAGCGAUUGGAUGAUGGACAGUCCCACGCUCACGGCCGCACGCACCGGACGCAGUGGCAGCAUGUGGAGCACUCCAGAUCAACGGCGUUAGUAGAGCGCACCACCGGAAUGAUAUGCAGCAAAAACGGAGACUGUAGAAGGGAGCCCACCAGUUCAGGCAGCCUCUCCUCUCUCAUCUCCAGGCAGGAGGGUGCAGAGGCUGAACACGCUCAGGAGGGACGCGCAGGUAUGGAUGGAGCUGUCACCUCCGCGGGGCCCGGUGGCUCCGAGGCCAAGAGCAGUGGGCUGGACAAGAAGGAGUCCAGAGUGUCCUUCUCCACCAUCUCCGUGGGGAAAGGGCUCUUGUCUGGCCAGGCAAGAAACUCCGUCACUUUCUCCAAAGUGGAGGAGAUCGUAUCGGAGGAGGAUGACUCGAAGAACAACCAGACCUACAUGCAGCGCCAGUUCAGCUCCAUGCUCCAGCCGGGAGUCAACAAGUUCUCCCUGCGCAUGUUUGGGAGCCAGAAAGCGGUGGAGAAGGAGCAGGAGCGCGUCAAGUCUGCGGGGAACUGGAUCAUACACCCAUAUAGUGACUUUAGGUUCUACUGGGACUUCUCUAUGCUCAUGUUUAUGGUGGGGAACCUCAUCAUCAUCCCUGUGGGCAUCACCUUCUUCAAGGAGGAGACCACCACGCCUUGGAUCAUCUUCAAUGUUGUCUCGGACACCUUCUUCCUCAUAGACCUGGUCCUGAACUUCAGGACGGGAAUUGUGUUUGAAGAGAACACUGAGAUCAUCCUGGACCCCAACAAGAUCAAGCAGAAAUACCUGAAGAGCUGGUUCGUGGUUGACUUUGUCUCCUCCAUCCCCGUGGAUUACAUUUUCCUGAUUGUGGAGCGGGGAAUGGACUCUGAGAUGUACAAAACAGCCCGUGCUCUCAGGAUUGUGCGCUUCACAAAGAUCCUGAGUCUACUGCGUCUGCUCAGGCUGUCCCGGCUCAUCCGCUACAUCCACCAGUGGGAGGAGAUCUUCCACAUGACCUAUGACCUGGCCAGUGCCGUCAUGCGCAUCAUAAACCUGAUUGGGAUGAUGCUUCUUCUGUGUCACUGGGACGGCUGUCUGCAGUUCCUGGUCCCCAUGCUCCAGGACUUCCCCUCCGACUGCUGGGUGUCCCUCAACAAGAUGGUGAACGACUCGUGGAGCGAGCUGUACUCCUUCGCUCUGUUCAAGGCCAUGAGCCACAUGUUGUGCAUAGGAUAUGGCCGACAGGCGCCUGAGAGCAUGUCAGACAUCUGGCUGACCAUGCUCAGCAUGAUCGUGGGCGCUACCUGCUACGCUAUGUUCAUCGGACACGCCACCGCACUCAUUCAGUCGCUGGACUCCUCCCGUCGCCAGUACCAGGAGAAGUACAAACAAGUGGAGCAGUACAUGUCGUUCCACAAGCUGCCUGCUGAUUUCCGACAGAAAAUCCAUGACUACUACGAGCACCGGUACCAAGGCAAGAUGUUUGAUGAGGAGAGCAUCCUGGAGGAGCUGAAUGAGCCGCUCCGAGAGGAAAUAGUGAAUUUUAAUUGCCGUAAGCUGGUGGCCUCAAUGCCUCUGUUCGCAAACGCCGACCCAAACUUUGUGACGGCCAUGUUGACCAAGCUGAGGUUUGAGGUGUUCCAGCCCGCGGACUACAUCAUCCGAGAGGGCACUAUCGGCAAGAAGAUGUUCUUCAUCCAGCACGGUGUGGUCAGCGUGUUGACCAAAGGCAACACAGGCAUGAAGCUCCUGGACGGCUCCUACUUCGGAGAGAUCUGCUUGCUGACACGUGGACGCCGUACGGCCAGUGUGCGCGCCGACACGUACUGCCGCCUCUACUCUCUGUCAGUGGACAACUUCAAUGAGGUUCUGGAGGAGUACCCCAUGAUGAGGAGGGCCUUCGAGACCGUGGCCAUCGACCGCCUGGACCGGAUAGGAAAGAAGAACUCCAUCUUGAUGCACAAGGUUCAGCACGACCUCAACUCGGGCGUUUUUAACAACCGCGAGAACGAGAUGAUCCAAGAAAUCGUCAAGUACGACCGAGAGAUGGUGCAACACGUGGAGACGCCAAGACCCCGUGCCAUGUCCUUGUGCACCCUCACCCCUCCGCUUCCUGGGGGGGUGUUCCUGCCUCCUCCCCCUUCCUCGCACCACCAACAACAACACAACUCGGCCAUCGCCACACUGCAACAAGCCGUGGCCAUGAGCUUCUGCACACCCAACCAGGGGAGUCUGCAGUCUCCUCGCAUGCCGCGACGCUUUCAGCACAGCCCCGUUUCUGCGUCUCCGUUCCAGUCGCAACUCAUCUCCCCCGCUGCCUUCGCUUCGGUGAUGUCCAGCCCGCCCAUCCAAACCCCCUUAGCAGCAACAGCAGGAUGUAAGAGCGCUAUCGGCAUCACAGCCUUCUCUGCCUCACGAAGGACUCCUGCCGGCUGUUCCAAGCCCGCCCCAGUCCACAAGAGUUUCCUCUACUUCGAUAGGACCUCCUUCACAGAUGACAUCCGGACAAGCUGCAGUCCGUAG